CAACAGCACAACUUGAAUACACAGAGUGAAAGCUACCGUAUUUGCAGCUUGCAUGGGUACGGUAGUUAAAUCAUAGGGCAGAGCGCCCAGGCAGAAUCCCACAAGCUGUAAGAGGAGGCAGUAGGCGUAUUGAAAUCGCAUUCCGGAAGCUUUUCAGCUGGGCUGCCCUCCUCGAGAGCUCGCAGCUCUUUUAGGGCUGCAUACCAGGAAUAAGCUGGGCGAUCGUGUAAGCUUUGAGAGGAGGGAAGGAAAACGUCAAUAUCAUCUCACAAAGAGCAUGCCAUAAGCUUGAGAACAGACACGCGGAUCCCAGUCGACCACCACAAGCCCAAUCCCACCCUUUAGGGCCUGCACCAGGUGGAACGUCCAGCCUGGGGGCAGCUGAAAGGGUUAAUGGAGGCGAGCGAUGGGCGGGACAUGGCGGCCUCCACCGCGGGCAGGGGGGAGGAAGAUGACGGGCUGCCUCCCUCCUUCCUGCCCGCAUUUGCAAAUGAGGAGAACAGGGCGCUGGACAGGUAUGUGCGGCAAAAGGAGCGCGAGCUGCACGUGUGCGAGGCGGCGCUGGAGGAGCACCGUGACAGGAUCAAGGUCAUGCAGGAGCACCUGCGCAACGUGCAGGAGGAGCUGGUGUUCACGCAGCAGCGGGUGGAGGCCAAGAAGAAGGAGGCCGAGACGGAGAAGCACCUCAAGCAGCUCAACAAGCGGGAGACUGGCAGGCUCAUGUCGGACAUUGCGACGCUGGAGAAGGAAGCUGCGGAGCUGCAGGACAAGCUGGCGGCGCUGCAGAACACCAUCUUCCGCGGCAACGAGAAGCUGGACCACUUCCGCCAGCUCAUGAACUGGAACCAGGAGGAGCUGGAGCAGUGGGCUAUUGCGUCCAAACAGAAGGAGGAGGACAAUACGGUGCUGGCCAAGUAUGCAAAGCAGGACAAUGCGCGGAUACGCGACCUCAGCCUCAAAGCGGAGAAGAUGGCCAAGGACGUGCACGCCAAGAGGGUGGAGCUGGAUACCGAGGUGACGGAGACGCAGGCGGCCCAGAUCCAGCUGGACAAAACGGCCGAGGAUUUCAAGAUGCUGCACACUGAGAGGCAGGACCUGGUGCGGCAAUGGGAGGAGGCAACUGAGACAAUGAAGCGGCGUGAUGAGUCGAUUCAGGCAGCGAGCACAGUGUUUGCAGAAAACCGAGCGCGGGUGCGCGACAAGAAGCAGACGCUCGACGAGCAGGCCAAGCGGCUGGAGGGCGAAAAGGGGAAAAACAAAGAGCUAGACGGGCGGCUGUCCGCAGUGGAGCGCGGCGCGGCGCGGCUGCGGUCGGGCCUGGACGAGGACGGGCGGCGGUGCGCGGCGGUGGAGGAGCAGGCGGACCUCGCGCGCGCGGGCCUGGAGCGCGUGCAGGAGGACCUCGCCAAGCAGAGGAACGCCAACACCGCCACGCAGGAGGAGCUGGGGUCGAAGCGCGGGCGGCUGGAGGGCGUGGGGCGCAAGCUGUCGGGCGUGAAGCGCAAGGUGGACGAGGAGUUCGGGCACCUGGACACGCUAGAGAAGCGCAUGGCCGAGCUCGCCGCGCUCGCGGCCGCGGAGGAGGGCCGGCUCAAGGCGGUGACGAAAGAGGUGGAGGAGCUCAAGGAGCAGCAGCUGCGCGCGAGCAAGGAGCUGCACGGCGCGCGCACGGCGGAGAAGGAGCUGGGCGGCGAGAUCGGGGGCGCGCGCGUGCAGGCACGCAACAUGGGCGCCAAAGUGCGGCAGCUGGACGGCGAGCUGGCCAAGCUGCAGGAGACGCUCUACACCGCAGACUUCAACAUUCAGGCGAUGGAGCGCAAGGUUGCGCGCGCGAGCGGCGAGCGGUCAGACAGCGAGAAGCGCGAAUUGACGCGCAAGAUUGAGGAGCUGCAGGCCACGCUGGACGGCAAGAACAGCGAGCACUCCAUGCUCCUCGCCCAGGUGAAGCGCGCGGAGGAGGACCUGACGGCGGCGCGGCGGCGGCACGGCGAGGCGAGCAAGGAGGCGGCCGCGCUGCAGACCAAGAUUGCGGAGCUCGUGCUCGAGUCCGACACCGCGGCACGCGAGGUCAAGAAAGUGUGUCGCGAGAAGGAGGAGAGGCUGGUGGCGCACGACGUUCUGCGGCUGCAGCUGAAGCGGCUGCAGGACAUCCUCAGCCUGCGCGCGGACGAGGUGUUGAGCCUGGAGAACCGGCGCGUGCAGCUGCAGCUGGCCAUGGAGGAGCGGCGGCUGGAGGUGGAGGCGCAGCGCGACCUGCUGCGCGCGGAGCUCAAGGCCGUCACAGAGGACACGCACAAGACCGUGCUGGAGAAAAAGGAGAAAAGCAUCAAGGUCGCCAAGCUGGCGGCCCGGUACGAGGUGCUGGUGGGGCGCGUGAAGAAGGAGGAGGGCGAGGAGCGCAGCCAGGCGUACUACGUGAUCAAGGCCGCGCAGGAGCGGGAGCAGCUGCAGCGGGAGGGGGACCAGCUGGACGCGCAAAUACGACAGGCUGAGAAGGAGGUCCAUGCGCUGGAGGCGACGCUGGGCAAGCUGGCGGAGAAGAACGGGCAGUUCCGCGCGAGCUUCCGCAGCGCGGAGAGCGAGGCCAUGGCCGCCGAGAAGGACGCCGCGCGCGCCGCGCUGGACCGCGCGUACGACAAGCUGAAGCUGAAGCGCAGCCAGGAGCAGCUGCUGGCGGCGGAGGUUGAGCAGCACGAGCAGAGGCACGCCAACCUGGCGGCGGAACAGGCGCACGCGGCCGCGGGCCUGGAGGAGAUGCGGCGGCGCGCCGCGGUCGCCCAGAAGGAGCUGGCGGAGCAGGCGGAGCGGAGCAAGCGCGCGCAGAAGCGGGGCGAGAAGCUGCGGCGGGAGCACCGCGAGAAGGCGGGGGUGGCCGCCGGGCAGGGCCUGAGCCAGGCGGAGCGCGAGAUCAAGCUGCAGGAAGUGCGCGAGAGCAACCGGGAGGUGCUGCAAGAGCUGAAGCAGCUGUGUGGCGAGAACCCAAGCGUGGCCGCCUUCGUGGAGGCCACCCUGGGCGAGGCCCGGUUGAGGCUCCCGACCGGGGCCACGCCGGCGGGCAGCCGCGGGAGCAGCCGCGCGGGGUCGCUCGCGGGCAGCCUGGCCAGCAGCCGGAGCAGCCUGGCCAGCAGGAACAGCAACACGUCGCUCGGGUCCGCGCGGAGCAGCACGAGUAAGAGCGCGAGCGUCAAAAACGUGAAGCUGGACAUACCCGCCCAACGAUAGCGGCGCGAGAGCUUCUACGUUUGCAACGGACCGAGAGGGAUUGAAGCAGCAGCUUGUUGCUUCACCGAAUAUUUGUCAGAUUGGUUGAAGAGCUCAACGCAGGUACCACGGGGAUGAUCGCCACGCAUGACGUUGGAAUUAGUAGCCAUCGAGCCCAGGCCCGGGCUGACUAAAAUAGUCAAUUGCAUCUGAUCGAGGGACUUUGACCUUUAAAAUUCCCUGAGUUCACGAUCAUUCGCGACCCAUAUUUGUUAACGCUCCAUAUGUGCACGGUCACGUCGGAUCGGACAGG